UCCAGAACGCGUGCAACAACCGCCACGACGCGGCCUGCGGCGUCAAGUGUCUGCCCGGCUUCGACCUCCAGGGCACGGGCAUCCGGCUGUGCCAGGCGGACGGUGCCUGGUCCGGGACCACGCCCAGCUGCAGGGUGCGCUCCUGCCCCCCGCUCAGCCGGCCGCAGCAUGGCCACAUGAGGUGCACCGAGGAAGGAGGUGGCGGUGGCGGCGGUGGCGCCCCCUACAGGGCGGAGUGCACGGCGGGGUGCGAGCGGGGCUACCGUCUGGAGGGGGACAGCCGGCUCACCUGCCUGGCCGACUCCCUGUGGAGCGGACCCCAACCUCGGUGUGUGGAAGUGCGUUGUCCGAUGAUGGUGGUCCCGAGGAACGUCGUGCUGUCGCCCCCUGCCUGUGGGAAGAGGUCAAUGGCCCAGGGCGCCAUCUGCGUAGCCACCUGUCGCCAAGGUUACCGCAUCCAGGGCGGGAGGCGGGCGGUGUGUCUGAGCACCGGUGACUGGAGCGCUAAUGUCCAAAGCGUCACCUGCGCAGACUCCCAGCCCCCGAGGUUGCAGUGUCCGGAGAACGUGGAGGCGGCCACGGACGAGCGGCGCAUCACGGCUAGCGUCAGCUGGAACGCUCCCAACGCCACGGACAACUCGGGGCUAGAGGUGAUGGUGCAGGUGAAGCCCAUCUACACCCCUCCGCAGUACUUCCCCGUCGGCACGGAGACCAUCACCUACAUCGCCACCGACCGCGCCGGCAACCAGGCCAACUGUUCCUUCACCGUCACCGUCGUCGAUACGGAGCCCCCAGUGAUUGACAGGUGCAGGUCCCCGCCCAUGGUGCAGGCCACAGACUCAGAGGCGGCGGUGGUGAGGUGGGAGGUGCCGCAGUUUUCCGACAACUCAGGUGGUCGCAUAGUGGUGACGGGCAGCCACACCCCCGGGUCACUAUUCCCCGUGGGGGAAACCCUGGUGCGCUACACGGCCACCGACGUGGCGGGUAACAACCGCACAUGUGACCUCACCAUCACCGUCCAAGGGACGGACUGCAGCCAGCCCUACGUCCCCGUCAACGGGGAGUUUGUGUGCGUGGAGGAGGAGGAGGCCGUGAACUGCGUGCUGCGCUGCAAGGAGGGCUACAACUUCGCCCAGGACGCGGUCCACAGCUACUCGUGCGCCUACGACGGCGUGUGGCUGCCGGCCACGUCCUCGGACCGCCCCGACUGCUCCCUGAACCGCGUGGCGAACAACGGCCUGAAGCCCUUUGAGAUGCUGUUCAAGGCCUCGCGCUGCGACGACCUGGACCUGCUCAAGACCUUCACCGGGGAGUUCAACAUCAAGCUCAAAGUCCUGCUCCCCCACCUGUGUGAGAGCGAGGACGUUUGUAAGCUGGAGGUGAACUCCCAGGGACAGUGUCUGGAGUACAACUACGACUAUGACAACGGAUUCGCCAUAGGGCCGGCGGGGGGGUGGGGCACCGGCACGGCCCCCCAGGGCUCCCCGGACUACACCUACUUUGACUCGGGCUACGCCUUGGACAGCCGUCCCCCCCGGUCCCAGGAGAGGAGGGCCCCCGCCCGCCUCCGCACCAAGAGACAGGGCCGGCGGAUCCGCAGGCCCACCCGGGACCAGAAGAUCCAGAUCUUCUUCAACAUCACCGCGAGCAUCCCCCUGCCCCAGUCGAGGAACGACUCGGUGGAGGCGGCCAACCAGAGGAGGCUCAUGCGCACCCUGGAGCAGCUGACCAAUCGGCUGCGGCGCACGCUGGCCCGCCAGCCGCUGUCCAGCUUCAACCUGGAGAGGGAGUUGAUCGUGGUCGACCCCAAGUCCCUGGUCGGCCGGAGGGCCACGCUGUUCUGCCGGCCCGGCUCGGUGCUCAAGGGCCGCAUGUGUGUCCAGUGCCCGGUGGGGACCUACUUCUCCCUGGAGUACCAUGAGUGUGAGAGCUGCUGGCUGGGCUCCUUCCAGGACCAGGAGGGCCAGCUGGAGUGCAAGACCUGUCCAGAGGGCACGUCCACCGCCUACCUGCACUCCCGCAGCGCCACCGAGUGCAAGGGCCAGUGUAAGCCUGGCAGCCGCUCCAUGAACGGGCUGGAGACGUGCGAGUCCUGCCCUCUGGGGCACUACCAGCCCGGCUUCGGCUCCAGGGAGUGCCUGGUGUGCCCCGACAGCACCUCCACCGUGACGCGGGGGGCCGUGGACCAGGCAGAGUGCGGGGUCCCCUGUCUGGCAGGCCGCUUCUCCCGUACGGGCCUGGUGCCGUGCUACCCCUGUCCCAGGGACUACUACCAGCCCGACCACGGCCGCUCCUACUGCCUCUCCUGCCCCUUCUACGGCACCACCACGGUUACCGGGGCGACCGCCAUACAGCACUGCUCCAGUUUCAGCUCCAGCUUCCUACCAAAGGAGGAGAGCGUGACGUCAGCACCGGAACCCGUGCCCAGCAACCAGGACUACCAGGCCAGCAGCCAGGUGUUCCACGAGUGCUUCCUGAACCCCUGUCAGAACAAAGGGACGUGUGAGGAGGUGGGGGCCGGCUACGUCUGCACCUGUAUGCCGGGCUUCACAGGGGCCAAGUGUGAGAGUGACAUUGAUGAAUGCGACUCGGCCCCGUGUCAGAACGGGGGCCUGUGCAAAGACGGGAUGGGGGACUUCCUGUGUGAGUGCAAGCUUGGAUUCGUAGGCUCGCUGUGCGAGGCGGAGGUCAACGAGUGCGUCUCCUCGCCCUGUCUGAACGAGGGCGUGUGCGUGGACCGGGUCAACGGGUUCACCUGCAGCUGUGACGGAGGCUACACAGGCCCUCGCUGUGAGCUGGAGGUGGACGAGUGUUUGUCGGCGCCGUGUCUGAACGGCGGCGUCUGCGAGGACCUGGCCGCCGCCUUCUCCUGCACGUGCCCCAUGGGCUACUCCGGGGAGCGCUGCGAGGUGGACGUGGACGAGUGCCACAGCGCCCCCUGCCUGAACGGAGGCUCGUGUCACGACGCCGUCAAUGACUUCAGGUGCCAGUGCGUGGAGGGCUACCACGGGCGUCUGUGCGAGGUGGACGUGGACGAGUGCGACCCCAACCCGUGCAUCAACGGGGCCAGCUGCCUGGACGGGCUGGGCAGCUUCACCUGCCGCUGCCUCCCUGGGUUCAACGGAACCAGGUGUGAGACAGAGAUGUCCGCCGCCUUCAACCUGGACUUCGAGGUGUCCGGUAUCCACGGCUACGUGAUCCUGGACGGCGUGAUGCCCACGCUGACGGAGAUCACGUGCACCUUCUGGAUGAGGUCGUCGGACACCAUCAACUACGGCACGCCCGUGUCUUAUGCCGUGGAGGGCAGCGACAACGCCUUCCUGCUCAUCGACUACAACGGCUGGGUGCUGUACGUGAACGGGAAGGAGCGGAUCACCGACUGCCCGGCCGUCAACACGGGCCAGUGGUACCACGUGGGCGUGUCGUGGCGCAGCUGGGACGGCGACUGGAGGGUCUACAUCAACGGCAAGCCGUCCGACGGCGGCAAGGGCCUCUCGGUGGGCUCCUCCAUCCCAGGUGGCGGGGCCCUGGUGCUGGGUCAGGACCAGGACAGCCGGGGGGAGGGCUUCAACCCCGUCGAGUCGUUUGUGGGCUCCCUCAGCCAACUCAACAUCUGGGACCGGGUCCUGAGCCCUCAGCAGAUCCAGGUUCUGGCCAGCAGCUGCCCGGCCUCCCAUGUGACCCACCGGGGGAACGUCCUGGCCUGGCCCGACUUCCUCAACGGUCAGAUGGGCCGCGUCAAGACCACCCCCGGCAGCAUCUUCUGCGCCGACUGCCCCCCGCUGGAGAGUGCGGGGGCCCACCUGAGGGCCUCCACGGUGGAGGUGAGCCCGGGGGCCCAGGUGCAGCUGUCCUGCGACCCCGGCUUCUACCUGGUGGGGGAGCCCGUGUUGCAGUGUCAGAACAAGGGGGAGUGGAGCCACCCGCUGCCCCGGUGUGAACGCGUGUCGUGCGGGGCCCCCCGGCCCCUGGAGCACGGCUCCUUCCAGGGGACUGACUUCCUGGCGGGCGGCUCGGUGGCGUACCAGUGCAGCGCAGGCUUCUACCUGCUGGGGGACGCCCGCAGCCAGUGCACCAACAGCGGGAAGUGGGCCUCCAACCUGCCCGCCUGCCUGGAUGUUGACGAGUGUGCUCUGGGUUCGGACUGUGAUAAACACGCCAGUUGUCAGAACACGGACGGCUCGUAUGCGUGCAGGUGCAUCCACCCUUACAGCGGCGACGGCAAGAACUGCACGGAGCCGGUGAGAUGCGAGGAUCCGGGGUUCCCAGACUUGGGCCACAGAGAAGGCAUUAACUUCCUGAUGGGCGGAGAGGUGGUCUUUGGCUGUCAGGAGGGCCACGAGCUGAUUGGUUCGCCCAAACUCCUGUGCUUGGAGACAGGAAGCUGGAAUAAACCGUUCCCGUACUGCCAAGCCCUCCCCUGUCCUGAGCCCUCCGUUCCAGCCAACUCCGACAUGAAGGGGGCCAACUUCACCUACGGAAGCAAGGUGACUUUCAGCUGUAGGAAGGGCUACCUGCCCCAGGUCCCCUACGAGUUCCAGUGUCUCUCCAGCCAGAGGUGGAGCGGCUCUCCACCCCCCUGCCACCCCGUGUCGUGCGGCGACCCUCCGUCGGUGCCGCGCGCCCACUACACCCUCCAGGAGACCACCUACCUGGCGGUGGUCAAGUACACCUGCGGCGACGGCUACAGGCUCCAGGGCGCCUCGGAGCUGGUGUGUGAGGACACGGGCGAGUGGAGCCGGCCCCUCCCACGCUGCACGGGCGUCCUCUGCCCCGAGCCCCCCCCGCUCACGCACGCCGUCACCGCGGGCGACGGCCACAGCCUGGGAGAGGAGGUGCGCUACGUCUGCAAAGAAGGCUACACCCUGAUCGGGCCCGAGACCCGGGAGUGCCUGCCCAGCGGCCGGUGGAGCGAGAGCUCCGCCCAGUGCGUGCCGCGCUCCUGCGGCGCCCCGCCCGCCGUGGACCACGCCGAGCCCUACGAGGGCCACCAGCUGUACGGCGACACGGCCAACUACUACUGCAAGGACGGCUACACGGCCGGCAACAACUCCAAGAUGGUGUGCGACGCGCGCGGCGCCUGGACGCCCCCCGACGGCCUGCCCACGCCGCGCUGCAUCGCCAACUUCUGCCUGCACCCGCCCGCGCUGCCGCACGCCGUCCUGGACGCGGUGCGCAAGCCCAAGUACGCCAGCAACACGGAGGUGGCGUACAAGUGCGAGGAGGGCUUCGUGCUGAACACCACGGCGGCGCUGCGCUGCCUGGUGGGCGGGGCCUGGGAGCCCCCCCCGCAGGAGGUGGGCUGCGUGCCGGUGCGCUGCUCGCGGCCGGAGGGCAUCGAGAGGGGCUACGUCAGCGGCAGCGACUACAGCUUCGGCGCCGUGGUGGCGUACAGCUGCGACCGGGGCUUCCUGAUCCGCGGGGAGAAGCGGCGCACGUGCGAGGCCAACGGGGCGUGGGGCGGGCCGCUGCCCACCUGCGGCCCCGUCGCCUGCCUGCCCCCGCCGAGUCUACGCAACGGAUACAUCCAGAGCAAAGGCCGGUCCACCUACAGCAGCCGGGUGACGUACGGCUGCAACGCGGGCUACCGCCUGGUGGGCCGCCCCGACCGCACGUGCCAGGCCAACCGCCAGUGGUCCAGCACGGAGCCCCCGUCCUGCGUGCUGCUCAAGUGCGACCCCCCCCCGGACGUGGUCCACGGGCGCUACGCCGCCGCCGGCGCCGCCUUCGAGGCGGGCCAGAAGGUGCGGUACGCGUGCGACGAGGGCUACGAGCUGGCCGGCGAGGCGGUGUGGACCUGCCUGAAGCACGGCCAGUGGGACCGCAGCCGGCGGCCGCGAUGCUCCCCGCUGCGGUGCCCCGAGCCCCCUCUGGAGGGCAGCCACCUGGUGCUGCGGGGCCCGGACGACGACGCCACCGUCCUGGAGCUGUCCUGCGAGGACGGCUACGUCCUGCGGGGGGCGCCGGUCCUGCGCUGCACCGCCGCCCAGCGCUGGAACGACACCUUCCCCGCGUGCGAGCGCGUGGCGUGCGGCCCGCCGCCGGCCGUGGCGUACGCCGUCCCCGCGCCGGCGGCGGCGCCGGCGGGGGCGGCCUUCUACCACGGCGCCGAGGUGGCGUACUCCUGCAUGGACGGCUUCACCCCGAGCCGGGGGGACCGCGUGGCGUGCCUGGCCAGCGGCGAGUGGAGCACGCCGCGCCCCCGCUGCGUCUCCACCGAGUGCCCCCAGCCCACGGAGAUCCCCGACGGCGUGCUGGACGUGCACGGCCUGAUGUACCUCAGCACGGCGCGCUACGGCUGCAAGCCGGGCUACGCGCUGGUGGGCAACGCCACGCUGGUGUGCGGCGACGGCGGGCUCUGGAUCGGGGGCCUGCCGUCCUGCCGCCCCGUGGAGUGCGCCGCCCCCGAGCCGGUCGCCAACGGCCAGGUGGCGUACCAGAAGCUCCAGUUCGGCCACGCCGCCGCCUACUCCUGCCUGCGCGGCUACCGCCUCCGCGGGCCCGAGAGCCUCCGGUGCCUGACGAGCGGCGCGUGGGACGCGGAGCCGCCGGCCUGCGUGCGGAUCUCCUGCACGGCGCCCCAGCCCCUGGACAACGGCUUCGUGGAGGGGCUGGAGCACAGCUUCGGCGUCACCAUCUUCUACAGCUGUUUCCCCGGUUACCAGCUGGUGGGCCAGAGCCACCUGACGUGCGAGGAGUUCGGCUGGUCCAGCGCCGUCCCCGUGUGCGUGCCCUCGGACUGCGGCCUCCCGCCCCACAUCGACUUCGGGGAGUACGUGCGGGUGACGGAGCGCCCGGCGUCCGGGGGCGCCGCCGCGUCGGACUCCCCGCUGGACCUGAGCUUCCUCCAGGGCACGUGGAUCGCGUACCGCUGCCACCCGGGCUACGAGCUCACGGCGCACGCCACGCUGCUGUGCCAGGAGGACGGCAGCUGGAACGGGACGGCGCCCUCGUGCGCGCCGGCCGAGUGCCAGACGCCGCCGGCGCCGCCGCACGGCUGGCUGAACGUCAGCGACACCUCCCUGGGGAGCCGGGUGACGUACAGCUGCGCCCCGGGGUACCUCCUGGUGGGCCAGGCCGUCCGGCAGUGCGUCUCGGGCCGGCACUGGACGGAGGACGCCCCCGAGUGCCGCCCCGUCUCCUGCGGCGACCCGGGCCCCGUGGCCCACGCCGUGACUCGCGGCGCCUCCUUCGCCUACCCCGACGCGCUGCGCUACGAGUGCGACGCCGGCUUCCGCCUGCAGGGCGGCGACACCCUCACCUGCCUGGCCGAGGGCCGCUGGGGCGGGGAGAAGCCGCGCUGCGAGCCGCUGUCCUGCGGGGCCCCCCAGGUGCCCGGCGACGUGGUGGUCAGCGGGGACGCCUUCACGUACGGACAGCGCGUAGACCUGAGCUGCCGGCCCGGCUUCGUCCUCAGAGGCGGGGCGGUGGGGCUGUGCGGCGCCGACGGCACCUGGAGCCACGGGCCCCUCAGCUGCGUCCCGGAGCGCUGCGGCCCGCCGCCCGCCGUCCCCAACGGCCGCGCGGCGGCGGUUCCCCAGGGCUCGGUCCGCUACGAGUGCGACAAGGGCUACGUCCUGAGCGGGGACGCCGUGCGCGCCUGCCAGGCGGACGGGCGCUGGGGGGGGGCGGCGCCCCUCUGCGAGCCCCUCAGCUGCGACCCCCCCGAGGACAUCAGCCACGGCUUCCUGAACGGCUCCAGCUUCCGCGUGGACGCGGUGGUGGAGUACGUGUGCUUCGAGGGCUACGAGGCGGCGGGCGACCCCACGCUGCGCUGCUCGGCCGACGGCCUGUGGGAGGGCAGCGUGCCCCGGUGCCUGCCCUGCGCCUGCCCGCCGCCCGCGCUGCGCUUCGGCGCCGUGCUGGGCCGGGACAACGCCUGCGGCGCCCGCGUGCGCUUCCGCUGCGCCGACGGCUACCGCCUCCUGGGGCCCGCCGAGGCGGCGUGCGGCCCCGGCGGCGCCUGGAGCCCCGGCGUGCCGGCCUGCUCGCGGGGCCGCUGCGCCGCCGCCCCGCCCUCGGUGGCCCACGCCGUCACGCAGGGCGGCGGCACGGCCCACGCCGACACGGUCACGUACACGUGCCUGCCGGGGUACCGGGCCAGGGGGUACGCCCUGCUGACCUGCGGGAGGGCUGGCCGCUGGGGUGAGCCCCGGGUGAGCUGCGAGCCCGUGAGCUGCGGGCCGCCGCCCAACGUCGCGCACGCUCACGUCGUGGGUGUGACGACGGCUACGCGCUCGCCUCGACCGCCGCCCCCCUGACGUGCGGCGCCGACGGCACCUGGUCCGGGCGGGCGCCGCGCUGCCAGGCCGCGCCCUGCCCCCUCCCCGAGCACUCGGUGGCCCACCUGGUGGUGGCCGGGGACGACCCCACCCCCGUGGGGGGAUCUCUCAUGCUCUCGUG